UUACUUCAAUCGUUGUAUUUGGCAAGUGCACAUAUUGUCGUAUGUUUGUUCGCUGAAGUGUUGUGAGUUUCUCGAUAUCUGUGCAUACACGCGUAAUGUCAAUUGGUCGUGUUUUGUAAUAAACAUCAAAUGUUUCUGAUUCGGCGUAUUUGCAAUAAAAGUGACCGAGAUGAGACUAUUUAAACGACGAAGUUCGGACCCCAAUCCACAACUGGAACGUUUGUCAACACUUUCUGAAAAUAAUGGAACCGACAACGAAGAAGAAGCUUCGAAGUCAUAUCUUUCUGCAUGGGGAAGAACUUGGGAUAAGCUUAAACGGGGCGAUUCUUCUGAACAAUUGCCAACGAACAAGAAGAUGUGGUACCCACUAAGGAAACACGAUACUAAAUCCGCGGAGACGUCCCACACUUCUGUAGAAAAAUCUGAGCUAAAAUUAUCACAAUCCGACUUAAGAAAAAUAUAUGAUAUGUAUCGACACAUGAGCGACAGAGAUAGAAGCGAGAAAAUAAUAAGGAGCAAAAGAAGCGGCAGAUGUAUCUCAGACAACUUAGAGCUUAGUCAGCAACAGCUGUUAGACUACCUUAUUCUUAUGAAACCGAAUACAGAGGAACUGGAUAGAAUAUUCUCUGAAAUAACCGAAGAACCAGCUAGGCGUGAACCAAAGAGACUAGGAAUGUUAACAGAAGAGAAACGGUCAAGAGCAUCUAAAUUUAAAUCUAUUUUUUCAAGAUCUUCAAGUAAAUCUGAUGAUGAAGGUGAUUUGAAGCUUCACCCGAAAAAUUCUUCCACAGACAGUUUGACGAGUUUGAUAAAUUUUAUAAUUCCUGGUAGAAGAUCUCAUUCCAACAGUUCCCCUAAACUACCAAAUAAGAUAAAAUCAGACGAAAGUGGUUAUGGAAGCGACUCAACAAAAACUGUAACUAGCAUUGACUCUCCCAUAGGUUCUUUAAAAUCUCAAAAUAGUACCGUGUGUACAGACCAAAGAGAUGAAACUUCGACAGCUGGUACCAGUGAUUACUACAACGACGAUACCGAUACAGCAGAGGAAGAUAACGACGACAGCGAAAUGACUAUAACAAAAAAUUCGAUAUUUAGAAAAAAGUCUAAGAAAAGAGCUCGAUCUAGAAGCCAAGAUAACGAUUCUUUAUCAAGAAGAAAAUCUGUGAAAUUUAAACGAUCUCCGAGUAAAAAAUCUUUAGAUAAACAUAAGAUAUCUAUUGAAGAUUUGAGUCAAAAUUACUGUGAUAAAUUAAAAAUAAAUACUGAAAAUUUGGAAGUAAAAGGUAAAAAGAGACAAAGUACUGUAAAUGUAAAUGUAGGACACCUCGAAAAGGAGUAUAAAUGUAUAAAACUAAAAGUUGGGAGGUAUGAACAUUUGGGAAUCAAAAUUGGGCCAAAUUAUGGACGAGAUUCCACGAUUAGCUACAGUAUUACCGAUAUUGUUCCUGAUUCCGUUGCCAAAAGAAAUGGAAUUUUACGAGUUGGAGAUGAAGUAGUGAAGUUAAACGGACAUAGAAUGAGAGGUUGCGCUAUAGGUGUAGCUAAAAGUUACCUAGAACCAAAAAAUGGCGAAGUUGAAAUAAUCGUAUGCCGAACCCAUUCCCAAAUACUUAGCAAACCGACGUGUAAGAAAAAACCUACUAGCUUAGAAGAAGGCGCCAUAAAAAUAAAACCCGACACUGUGACGACAAUAAGGAUCCCUUUGAUCAGUCCAAAAAGAAAAACCUUUAAUUUAUCGACAGAAGUGUCCAGGACUAGUUUAAGCUCUUUACGAUAUAGAGAUAAUCCUUCGACAGAGUUAACUUAUGUUAAUAACCCAACGUAUAAGGAUAGUUUUACCACUAGUGCCCCAAAAUGCAGCCUAUCAACCGUACUAAACCUAAAUAACACAACUCAAAAGAAAUAUGUUGGACUAUCCGAUAUUUUAAACCGCAGUAACGAAGAUGUAGAAACUAAAGUUAGCUUCACUGAGAUGUCCACACCUUUAAAAGACGACGAGCUGUUUAAGAAACCUUUAUCUGACCGGCAAAAGAAGAACACUGACCACCAAUCCAUCACAGGUAUGAGGAAGUUCUCCAUUUCGUCAGAUCUGUACACCAGAAAACCUAGCGAUGUAGGAGAAUGCAGUAAAAUGGAAAAAUUUCUGCCUGGAUAUAAAACAGUUGAAUUCCAGAAGGGACCGGGAUGUAAAUCACUUGGAUUCUCCAUUGUUGGAGGAAAAGAUUCACCAAAGGGACCAAUGGGAGUUUACGUCAAAACUAUUUUUAAGCUUGGUCAGGCAGCUGAUUCUGCAAUAAUUAGAGAAGGAGAUGAAAUUAUUUCCGUAAAUGGUACUUCUUUUCGUGGACUGUCUCAUCAUGAGGCCGUUACCUAUUUCAAGAGUAUCAAGUGUGGUAAGGUUGUAUUGGAACUUAUUGCUCGACAGCAGAAUCACAAUAAAUUCACCAGUUCUAUUUAGAUGAAGUUGCAUUUUCUAUUAAAGUACAUAAUAUGUACUUCACCUUGUAAAGUUUACAAAUAUAUAUUUAAUUUAUAUAUCUAUUUGAUCCAGGGAUUCUUUUGAUUUCAUUAAUUCGAUUUGACUUUGACAUUAAAAUUAGUAACAUCACAAAUGCUAUAUGGAGAUUGCCUAUUCAUUCCAGAUUAGCCUAAAAUUUGAUUUAUUAAAAUUACAAUAAUUUUAUUAUUGUCUGUACUAUACUUUCGAAAAUGUUUGCAAACUACUUACAAAUAUGACGACACAUUAAGUUUUUGGUUUUUCCAUGGAAUUUUGUUAUUUUUGUCUUUACGUUGACAAUUGUAUUUCCGCACUUGUUAGCCAUUCAUCCAUAUGUUUUUGCCUCUUCAUUUAAUGGUUCCCAAGGAUUAUCUUAAAAUGAGAUUGCCUGGAUUAAUUUUCUAAAUGAUGAACUGGUUCCAGAUGUUCACUUUAUUUAAAAAAAAGUAUUUUUUCGCUUUUCUGUUUCUUUUUACCUAUUUUUCAUUUUAUUAUUUGGUUCUGAAACUAUUUUUUGUGAGAUUUUUGUUUUCUUCUAUAUUUUAAUGAUAAUAUACUCAAAUUUUAAUUAAAAAUAUUGUAUUUCUGGAAAAUUGAGUAUUUAUUUUCAAUUAAGAUGGUGGUUUAUUCUAAGAUAAAAUUGUAUUUCUUUUAAUUAACUAUUCUAAUUAGCUUUAGAACAAUAUGUAUUUCUUUUGUUAUAAAAGUCAUACACUUAUUUUUUUUAUUUUUCACUUUGGUUUUGUUACCUCGUUUAUUCCGUUGUUGCUUUAAUGACAUUCUUAUUUUCCCUUACUGGUCUUUUAUUGUUUUGUCAUUUAUUUCUUCUGUAUACUUAUAAGUUUCCUUGGAUCUACCGAUUCUACUUACAUUGAUGUGUCGUCGUUUUUCUUGUGAGUUUCACAAAAUAAUAAAUGUUUAUCUUUUUAAAUAACAAUAAUAUUCUAUUUUACUAAAUAAAAUCGAAUACUUACUCACUGAAUAUGCGUUGUCGCAUAUAUUUCUCAGAAAACAAAAAUGUUCUAUUAGGUACUAUGGUUUUAAGUUUUGAAAUUGCAUGCUUUCUUUUGCUUUUCGGUAUAUUUCCAAACAUUUUCCAUUGAAUUAAGGUCCGGACGAUUACCAGGCUAGUUGACCACCUUAACCUAGUUUUUAGAGAAGAAUUUUGUAACAGUUAUUAACUUGUGACAAGGCGUGAAGUGUUGUAUCAACGUAUAAUUCUUAUUCAGGAAUCAUUCUUGGAUCUGGUGAAAUAAUGUUGUUUUGUACCUAGCUAUUUUAUUUACUGGUCAAUUUACAACAUUCCAUCGACAAUCUAUACCCCAGCAAUUCUGACAUCUCUUGAUGUAACAGUCAUCAAAAGGUUGUUUCUAAUAUUACAGAAUACCCCAACCAAUGGGGCAUUCGCUGCUAAUAUUCAUCUCAUAGUACCUACACAGUAUCUAAAUGGUGUGACAAUCUUUGUCGGUGCCUUUGAAGUUUUUGAAGUUUCGUUUUGUAGAGGCAGCCAUCUUGUUAUCAGUUAUCUUAGGCGAAAAGUUACGACCGGACUGGCUCAAAGAAACAUAUUUCUGGUAAUUAGAAUUACUAAAAGCCCUAUAGUAGGGCGUAGGGUUAGAAAUAGUAGACAAAUUAAAUAGGCCAAAGAAAUUAUCAAAUCUUUGAAUGAUCUCAGUAGUUCCAACAGCUUCAAACUUCAAGAGGCAACAUAUUAAAACGAAUGUACCUACAGUGUUAAACCAGCAGAAAUUGUACUACUACCCCUCUGAGUUGCUAGUCAAACCUUCAAGAUUGAAACUAUGCAGAAGCGCCGUGAGAGCUGCGACUUUUCGCGGUAAUGUGUCUGCGCGGAAAAAAUGCAUGACUUCAUCAAGGUCGCAGAGCAGUGUUGCCAGAUCUCCUGUUUUAGCAGGAGAUCUACUGUUUUCAUACUUCUUCUCUGGUUCUCCUGUUUUCAAUCUCAAAUCUUCUGUUAUAUUUUCCACUAGAAUAUGGUAUGUUGGUAUUACAUUUGAGAGAUUAUUUAGCGUUAUCAGACAAGUUUAAACAUUUGUGAAACCUGUUUUGAUGCGCAGUUCCGUUUUCGGAACUGCGCAUGCGAAUCAGUCAGAAACUAGUCAUGUACUGUCUUACUUCAGUUCUAUUAAUUACUGCUUAAUUAAUUAAAUAAUUAACUACUUAAAUAAUGGCCUUGAAAAAUAGCCGUAAGAUAGUUAGUUGGUUCAAUUUAACUACAUUUUAUUGUUUUAUUUGAAAUUAUUAAAAAUCUUUUGUUUUCUACUGUUUUUUUAUGUCAUAUUCUACUGUUACGAGAAAUUUUCAUCUGGCAACACUGUCGCAGAGUGUCAUUACUGUUGUUAUAACUGGGGUACCUAUAUCUCAUAUGACAUAUUUUCCAUUAAAAUUAGUUUCAUAACUGUGUAAAUAGUUCUAAUGUUUGUCCGUUCUCUUAUAGUUCUUUUCUACGUAUUGCCUCACUAUUCUAGAUUAUUCGAUUUUACAUUAAAUAAAAUUUGAAAUUUCUUGCUGUGUAUUUCCUUGUCUGAUUCCCUACUUGUUAUGCAACCAUCUUCGCAACUACCUACUUAUUCUCUCAAAAAUAUUCAAAACUUAAAAUCGAAAAACGCAAAGAACAUUUUAGUUUUUAUCGAGGAAACACAUAGUUUUAAAUACAUGUUUGAAACUUAAUAUAAUUAUUAAUUAUAAUAAUCUUAAAGUUGAGUAACAAAAACUCAUGACAAAUAGGCAGCUGAUCAAUUAUUGAUUUCCAGUAACUAUUACUUACAAAAGUAGUUCCUAAGACUGAUUCGCGGUAUUAAAUUUAGUUUUUAAGUAUAUUUAAUGUAAGGGUUGUUUUUUGCAAAACGCUAAAAUAAAGAAAUUUUAUGUAUUAUUUUGCACAUAAUAUGUACUAUAACUUUAAGUUUAUAAUUGUCAUGUGAUUGUAAAGGCCUAAAGGUUCGUGGUUUACUUUUUAGUAGAAUAGUUGGAUUCUUAAUACUGUUCAAUAAAUUACAGGAGUCUCUAGACCCAUCUAGUCAUAUACCCAGUAUCCGUUACUUUACGUUUUCAAGUCCGCUAAUUCUAAUGGAUGUCAGACUUAUCGUUGAAGCUUUUCCACACACACACACUCUCUACCUCUCUCUAUCUCCCUCACAUGGUGCUACAGCCCAAAUCGGGCCUAGACCUCCUCAAAACUUUGUUUCCAACCUUGCCAAUGUUCUCCAGGUUCUCACGUCUAGCCAUCCUCCUAUCCACCUUCCCACCUUUUCCGUGGCCUUCCUUUUGGUCUUGCACCCUGCAUUUUACUAUGCAGGUCUCUUUUCGUCAGUUUUUCGGUCUCCAUUCUGACUACAUGAGCAACCCAUCGAAGUGUCUGAAGUUUAACAAAAUCUGAUUGGUGUCUCUUUGAACUGUUGGUACAGUUCAUGGUUGUACCUGCUGGAUAUCCAUACUCCGUUUUCGGUCAAAAUAUCUUUCCUAAGACUUUUCUUUCAAAGACUUCGAGCUUUCUUUGUAUGUUUUCUGUUAUUACCGAGGUCUCACAUCUCACAUCUAUGGUGGUUGGGGUAGUUACCCCCCGAUGAUGGGGUUGAUUAAGUAGAACACUAUUUACCAGACAUAUAUUUAUUUGAUAACACUAGAUAUGCCAGUAACGAAUUGGUGGACAAAAAUAUUCUAACUAUAUUGAUGGUUAAAUAAUGAAUGAUGAAUAAGGAAUGAUGUCUGCUUUACUUUCUCCGUAUCUAUAAAUAAAUCGUAAUUGUUUUGUUAUCAUUUCAUACCUGAAUGUAACCAUGAAAUACUAAUAGUACAAAAUUGCUGAGUUGUUUUUCAAAACGAGUGGUCAACAUUGCAGAAGCAAUGUCACCUACUUAACGAAAUCAAAACAAUGCAUGUAAAUAAUAUUUGUUUGAGACUUUUAAAAAUUAAAUCGAUAUGGAUUACUCUUAUUUUUUGAAUGCUAAUAUAAAUCUUGUACACAUCCAUAACAUAAUAUUGGUCUGAUAAUAGUUUUGUAUCCUCUCCAUUUUAGAGCAUAACACAUCGGCGAGUACAAAAUAAGCUUUGUUUCCCUUUACUAUUCUCGUUUUAUUUUCUGAUUCUUUUGUUCUAUCCAUGUUUAAUGCAACCCCCAAAUAUAUGAAACUUUCUAUAGUCUAUCUAAUUCAACUCUGCGUCUGUUUGCCGUAGCUCUUGCUUGUGUUAGCUUUUUUGUCUUUUGUAUAUUUAUUUCUGAUCCGUCAUCUUUUGCCACUGUUUUUAGUUGCGAAUAUAUUUCUGCCUGUUAGAAGAUUAGCUUUUCCUGUAUUCAAUUGUCUUAUCACAUAUUCGACAGUAAAGUUAAAUAGUGUCUGUGCAAGCCCAUCUUCUUUCCUUUAAUCCUUUGACUAUUGAAAAGUUCUCAGUGAACUUAUUUUGUAUUCUGACAGUUGGUCUUGAUGAUUCCAUUGUUGCUUUUACUAGUUCGAUAUAUUUUUCUUCUUUAAGUGACCUCUCCGCGACGAAGGUUGGCAAUCAUAAUGGCUAUUUUGACCUUCGAGGCAGCUGCUCUGAACAGUUGCCUUGAGCUGCAACCAAACCAUUCUCUCAGGUUCCUCAACCAGAAAACGCGUCCCUUCCUACCCUUCUCCUACUCCCUAUUUUUCCUGGAAUUAUGAGUCUCAAGAUGUUAUAUCUUCCGCCUCUCAUCACAUGUCCGAGAUAUUGUAAUUUCUUUUCUUUUAUUGUGUUUCAAUUUUCCUCUCUCUUUAACUUUUCUAUAUUCAUGACUCUACAACACUCUUCUAAACGUCCACAUUUCAAAGGCGUUAAGUCAAUUUAUUGCAUUUCGAUUUAAUGUACAUGAUUCUGCUCCAUAGUAAAGCACACUAUGUACAUAAGAUUUAAUUAGAUGUAUUUUUUGGGGGAUGUUAAAGAUAUGCAUUAUUUGAUAUAACUUGUGUCCAUUCAUUGAGUCGUAUAGGUCUUCUACUCUACUACCAGAAAUUUUUUUUCUUUCCUUGAGGUAGUGAAUAUUUUUCUGAAGGGUCGACUAACAUAUUAUAACACACAAAUUUUCGUCUGUAUUUUCAUCCUCCAACAAGGUAGUCGGUCGACAUCAAGCAUCCAACACCACUGCAUUCAGUGUGAUCAAGAUCGGAUGCAAUGUAAUUAUCCACGGGAAGCCUUUGUUCAACACUGGACUCAAAACGGCUAAUGAUGAUGAUGUAUAAUGAGUGGCUUUAUUAGGGAAAUGAAUGACAAACUUUUUGCUUUGUAUAGUAGAUUGACUGGGGUAGGUUUCAUAUAUUAUUCUAUUUCAGAGCUUCAACAACUUGUGUUGUGGACUGAUCAGUUGCAGUAUUGGCAGCCACACUGCCCAAUCAAUAUCCGAUGAAUUGUGUAUUUGAAAGAUGAAAUCAUAUUUUUCUUUUUCUUAACUCGGACGAGACUCCUUAGUCUCUGGCAAUUGGUCAUAAGGCCUUUGUACCAUACCUUAAUUUUCUUCCUUAAACUCUAAUAAGUUUUGUGGCUUCAACGAAGGCCAACAGUUUUCUUAUUUGUAGUUUUAGGAUCUCUUCUGGUUCAAACCUCAUUUGACCAGUGAAGUCCUGCCUUACAUCACCUAGCACACUGCAAUGACAUAGUAUGUGUAUGGCAGUCUCUUCUUCCAUUUCGCACUUUCUGCACCAUGGUUCAUUCACCUUACCUAGUUUGUAUAGGUGAUUUCUUAAACGACAAUGCAAAGUCACCUUUUCAGUAACCGUUUUGAUCUCUCGUUUAUUGAGGUUCAUCAAACUGUUCAAGAAUUGUUUUCAAUAUUCUUGAUUAUUUUUAAGUCUGAAUUUGCCCUUGAGUGGCUCUCCAUUUCUUUUGAUGAUUCUUUAUCAGCCAUUUCUGAACCUUAUUUUUCGUAGCAUCUUUAGUGAUGCACGAAAUUGCAAUCCACAGAAAGGUUCUGGACCUUCAAAAGUUUCUCUCGAGCCUUAUUUCGUUAACAUAUCUGCUCGUUCGUUUCCAUGCACCCCUUCAUGACCCGGCGGCAUCUAAACAUUCCGUAUAUGUAUUUGGCACCUAGGAGUUUUCUGUUGGUUGCUUGCGGCACGCGGCCAUAUUUCAACCAAUAGGCGGCGAGGUGCCAUUCACGUAUACGGAAUGUUAUUCGGUGCGAAAUUCAUAUACGGAAUGUUAAAUAUUCGUAGACGGAAAAAGAUAACUUUGUAUUAGUCAGUUAAAAGGAGAUUGAUUUUAAAAUACUUGUUAAUGCAUUAUUAAGUAAAAAUAAAACAAUUAUAAAAAUUGAAGAAAGACUUCUAUGUAAAAGGUAUAUUUAUUAAAACCCCAAUAAAGGGCUACAUUAAAAAACAGAACGUUUUCGCUCUAAAGAGAGCAUCAUCAGUGUUCUAAGCAAGCUCUACAUGCUAAGCCACCAAAAAUACAUAGGUUAAAACCCUUAAAACGCCGACCAAAAGUCUUACAUUGGCGUGUAUUAUGUUAAACCCUGGCGAUGGGUGAAAAUGAAAAAGAUAUACUUCACAGCAUUCAGUCGUGUGAUGGAUGACCGAAGUUAAGUUUAACGUUUGAGUUAAAGUUAAGAUAACUCUCAGGAAUAACUUGCCCAUAAAUAUAUAGGUAAAAUUUGGUGUGUUGUAUCGCUCGCAGUUAUGAGAUAGUUAUAUCAUCAACGUUAUAUUAGAAAGAAGUUUUGAGGAACAAAUUUUGAAGUAACAAAGAGAACCGUAUGUACAAAUAGUACAAGUUGGAGUGAGCGCGAGAGAUUGUUCCGAACAUACCCGUCGUCGGCUACCGCCGAUGACCGAACAGCAAACAGCUGUCUGGGUUCGUUGGUGUUUCUAAGUUGCUUUCAAACGGUAGAUAGAAACAGGGUUGCCAGAUUGGUGUAUUUUCCCAAAAUUUUGGGUCAAUUUGAAAGCGUCUAUUCAAAUUUUUCUAAGCAGAAAUUGUAGUGGGAUUUUUUGGGGGCGGAAAAUUAUGGAUGAUUUUAAGGGGUCAUGGUAAAUUAAAUUUGCGAAUGUACAUAGAACUGUAUAUUAUACUCCCAUAUAAUCGAAUACGAUAGGAACUAUGAAUUAUUUCCAUGGCCCUCGUUGAUAUUGUAGUAUGAGAAUUUUGCUUUACUGUUCUCUUCAUUUGACUAAUAAUUUAUUAAAAUGCGGCAACAAUUUAAAUUUGGGGACUUCGAGGUAUUUGAGCUUCAAUUUCAGGGAAUUUCAGUUUCUAAGUGGGGGAUUUAUAAAAUAUCAUCUGGCAACUCUGGAUAGAAAGCUCAGUAGGUACUUAAAAUAAAAUUUCAACUUAUAUCGCUCGAUUUGAUUUUUGUAUAAUUUUUAAAAUUGUAUUACCCUUCUAUUCUUAAUUAUUAAAUUACUAGCUUCUAAAUUCACUUGAUUUCUGUCUAAAAACAAGUCAAAAGGUGAACCUAACCUUGCAUAAAUACAGAGUUAUCUCAUAACUUGAGGUUUAACGUCGCGUUAUAAAGUGACCAGAUAACUCAAGAACUGUCAAGAAAUAACGCAAAUAGUUAAGUAUGAUACAUCACACCAAUUCGAUGGUUAUAACAUAACUACAGGAUAACUUUACGUUAACGAUAACUUCGGUCAUCCAUCACAGGGCUGAUUAUAUGACUCUACCACGUGUAUGUGGGUGCUUUAGUUGAUUUCUCUGUCUUCACAAAGAGAAAGGUGAAAGUCAACUCAACAAAGAGAAAACAAUUAUAGUAUUUGGAAUGUUAUUUGGUGCGAAAUUCAUAUGCGGAAUGUUAAAUAGUCGUAGACUAAAAAAGACGACUUUUUAUUAAGUCAGUUAAAGAAGACUGAUUUUAAAAUAUUUUGUUAAUGUAUUAUUAAAUAAAAAUAAAACAAGUACCUAUAGCAUAUGGAAUGUAAUUUGGUGCGAAAUUCAUAUACGGAAUAACGGAAUGUUAAAUGUAGGGAUGGGAAAAACCUACCGGUUUAAACCUAAAACCGGUUUUUUUACUUCGCAAUAACCGGUUUUACCGGUUAUUUUUUUGUCACGGUUAUAACCGGUUUUUCUUUUUAAAGAAAAAACCGGUUAUUAGGUUUUUACGGUGAUUAGGAUUAGGUUAGGUAUUAUUUGGGAUCCCAAUCAUAAUAAUUAUUAUUCUCAAGUAACUAUUCCAAACAAAACCAUAAUUCAAAUUUUAUUUUAUUUUAUAAAUACAGAAGCAAACUGAAGUGCAAUCUCACAUCAGCCAGCAGAAUCAGUUAUUAAGUUUUAUGUAAUAUUUCCUUGAAAAGGUAUUUGUAAUCAUAAUAUUUACAUAAGAAGUGUCUGUAUGAAUUAGACGCAAGCCAAACAUCAUCUAUUUUUCACACUAAACUCUUAAACUCUUGACAUUGAAAGUCGGUGAAUGAUUUUAUCUGAUUACCAAUAAUAAUGCUCUGCCUAUGCAUAUCGUAUUACUGAUUACGAAUACGAAUCUCCAAGAAUUUCCCUACGUUUUCAAAACGAUACACCCAUACAGGAAGUAUUAAAUUAGUUAAAAUGUACCUAUUCUAGAAAUAUAUACAAACGUGUUAAAAGUAAUACAUGAUACAUUUUUUUGAUUGUAGUAAAAAUAAAAGAUAUAUUGCAUUA